GCCCUCUGCAGGCAUUGGCUUCGGGCGCCAGGGCGAGUUGGUUCCUCCUCAGCUGGUGGUGCCGAGCUGGGCCAUUGAAAAUGUUCAGUGUCAUCAGCGACAAAUACACGUACAAGGGACCCCAAUAGGCAGGCUGGUGUGCUGGGGGGCAGGAAGCGAGGAGUGAAGUCCAACAUAGGUGUGUGUCACACAUGUGUGACGGUGGCCACAUGUGUGCGUACUUUCAGGAAAGACUUUAGUUUUGGUUUUUGUUUUGGUUCCUGGGGUGAAUUUUCUGUUGAACUUUUUUUCCUCCUAUUUAAAUUUUUUUUUCUUUUUGCAUUUUUAAAAUUUUCAAUCUAACAAGUGUAAAGAGUCAAAUCUUUGAGAGGACUGAGGCAGGCAGCCGACACAGAUGGAUCCCGUGGCCAGCAGCUGCAUGCGGAGCCCCCACCCUCCGGCCCCUGUCUGGGGCUGCCUUCGAAACUCCUACUCAGAAGGCAACGGGACCUCAGGGCUCCCCCACUACCCGCCAACCCCGUUCUCCUUCCACCAGAAACCAGACUUCCCGGCAACAGCGACGGCAGCAUACCCCGACUUCUCUGCCUCCUGCCUGGCGGCAACCCCACACAGCCUGCCCCGGGAGGAGCGCGUCUUCACUGAGCAGCACCCCGCCUUCCCACAGCCCCCUGACUGGCACUUCCCUGUCUCAGAGGCCCGGCGCAGGCUCAACCCAGGCCCAGCUGGGGGUUCCCGGGAGAUGGGGGCCAGCAGCCCGGGCCUGGUGGAAGCCCUGGGAGGCCCAGCUGAGGACUACAGGGUCCUUGGGAGCACUGCCAACGAGACGGAGAAGAAGUCAACCAGACGAAAAAAGGAGAGCUCAGACAACCAGGAGAACCGAGGGAAACCGGAAGGCGGCAGCAAGGCCCGCAAGGAGAGGACGGCCUUCACCAAGGAGCAGCUGCGGGAGCUGGAGGCCGAGUUUGCGCACCGCAACUACCUGACGCGGCUCCGGAGAUACGAGAUCGCGGUGAACCUGGACCUCUCCGAGCGGCAGGUCAAAGUAUGGUUCCAGAACCGGAGGAUGAAGUGGAAGCGUGUGAAGGGGGGUCAGCCCAUCUCCCCACAUGGGCAGGACCCCGAGGAUGGUGACUCUGCAGCCUCUCCAAGUUCAGAGUGAGAUGCUCCAUGGAGACAAAAAAAGACUGAGGACUGAGCCUCCUACCCACUACCCCAGCCCCAUCCCACCUUCACCUUCUCCCUACCCGCCCCAGAGCGGCCUC